UUUUUGUAGUAGAAAAAGCAUUUAAUUUAUAAAUUAAAUUAACUAAAAUUUUUAUGUAAAACAAUAACGCGUACUUUAUCUUGUUGAAUAUAUGAGUAACAUUCAAUAAAUGGUUUUGCUGCGUCGUCUCACUUUGGUUCAAGAUUUAUUGCAGCAACUUAGAAGACAGCGCCACUACUGGAAAAAUAUGGGAUGCUCUCUUUUGGAACCCCCUGCGUCUGUUCGUGGUAUGCUCGAACUGAAUCGUGAUUCGUUUAAAAAACGUGUGGAACUACCACGUUUGCGAGUACCAGGGACGGAUUCAAAUAAAGUAUUGCCAUUGUUGAAAAAGCUGCUUUUGAAAAUGGAGAAGCUACGUCCGGUACGUGUAGUCCCCAGUGUGGGCGUUGGAGGAGAAUCGUCCUCCAUGCGUGAGAUACUACUUCAUCCAUCAGCAGUUAAGUCAUGGGAUUGUUUACCCACUGCUGAGCUAAUGAAAUUCAAAGUCGGAGCUAAUAAUUUCUACUAUGAUGAAUUAGAACUAGGCUACGAUAAUUGGCGCGCAGAUGAGAUAUUCAAAAGCGUUUUGCCAACCGAUGAGGAAGGUGUCACCUCGUAUUCUCGCAUAGGACAUAUUGUGCACUUAAACUUAAGAGAUCAUUUGCUGCCUUACAAAAAACUGGUUGGUGAGGUUUUGCUAGACAAAGUGCCUGGCUGCCGCACAGUGGUUAAUAAGGCGGCAACAAUUGACAAUACCUACCGAAACUUUCAGUUGGAACUUAUUUGUGGUGAACCUGAAUAUCAGGUAGAGACCAAAGAGAAUGGAGUGGUGUUUGAAUUUGAUUUCUCCCGCGUGUACUGGAACCCUCGCUUAUCUACGGAACAUGAGAGAAUUACAAAAAUGCUUAACGCGAACGAUGUUCUGUACGAUGUCUUCGCUGGUGUUGGGCCAUUUAGUGUGCCAGCAGCGCGUAAAAAAUGUUGGGUUCUUGCAAAUGACUUAAAUCCAGAGAGUUAUAAAUGGCUGCAACACAAUGCCAAGCGCAACAAAUGUUUAACUCAUAUGAAAACAUUCAAUAAAGAUGGGCGGCAAUUUUUACUGGAUGAUGUUAAAGUGGAUUUACUUGAACGCUGGAAAAAUUCGACAGCUGAUAAGCUAAUGACGAAUCAAAUACACAUUACUAUGAAUCUACCGGCUAUGGCGGUAGAAUUUCUGGAUGUCUUUCGUGGUUUUUUAAACGAAAACGAGCAAACGAAUUUUCCUGCUAAUGAACUGAGCUACCCUACUGUGCAUGUUUACUCUUUCGCAAAGGGCGAAGAUACGAAGACGCUAGUGCGCAAUAUGGUGGAGAAGAAUUUGGGUUUGCCGUUGAAAGACAAUUUAGAGGGCAUAUAUUUUGUACGGAAUGUUGCACCAAAUAAGGAUAUGUAUCGAGUUGCAUUUCGUUUAACGAAAGAAAUUUUGAUAACACCUUUUGUGAAGAAUCCUAUUGAGCCUGCGGCGGAAACCCCAACAGCGAAAAAAAGGAGCGCAUCUGAGGCACACGAGGAAGAACCACUUGUUGCAAAUAAAUAAAUAGUUAUGGGACGUAAAUCGAAAACAGCAGCUGGUAAAAAGGGUGCCGCAUCUGCUAAGGGUGCUAUCAACAAG